GAUAAUAGUUAGUGGCGAGUCAGUCGACGACCGACAGUGUCUCAGUCUCGGAGCGUUGUCUUAAGUGUUUUACUGUUAUAUUAAAGUAUAUAGUAUAUAUUUGCUAGUAGCCGGUACUUGAAUGCAUGCGUAUAUAUUUAUAAAAUAACGGCUGUUUGCGUGUUACGCCAACGUGUGGGAACAGUGCAGUCAAAGCUGAGAACAGCUGAAUGAGAACACUGUUGUGUGCGUGUGUGUGAGUUAAUUAACAGCCCAAGCACAAAAGGGGAAAAGAAGUGCGUGUGCCACAAAUUCAUUUGAAAACAUAACUGUUCAAUUUAAAUAACGCCCUGACCCCUAAGCAAAGGUCAUUAUAUCGAUACGCUAGCAAGUUUAACGCGCGUCGUCGCUCUCUCUCUCUCACUCUCAGCUGUUAUCAGUGCAAGCAAAGUCAAUAUAAAUAAAAAACAAAAACAUUACAAGAAAAUUGCAUUUGCAAAAUGGGCGCCAUGCGAUAUUUGACGGAGACGCAUUUACAGGGCUUCGAGCGUUACAAGUACAAUAGCAUAGAUACAAGUUUUCUCAGCGUCUAUGUAAUGCAUCCAUUUUGGAAUAUCUGCGUACAGUAUAUACCCAAAUGGCUGGCACCCAAUAUACUCACCUUUGUGGGAUUUCUGAUGACUGUUGUGAACUUUAUAUUGAUAUCGUACUACGAUUGGGACUUUAAGGCGGCCAACAAUAAGGAAUUGGGCAAUACGGUGCCCAACUGGGUGUGGACUGUAGCGGCUAUAAAUAUAAUAAUCUAUUAUAAUCUGGAUGGCAUGGAUGGCAAGCAGGCGCGUCGCACGGGCACAAGUGGUCCGCUGGGUGAGCUGUUCGAUCAUGGCUUGGACUCGUAUUCGGCAGCGCUUAUACCCAUCUAUAUAUUCUCAUUAUUUGGCACCGUCGAUCUGCCGCCCAUACACAUGUUCUUUGUCAUUUGGAACGUCUUUCUCAAUUUCUAUCUGACGCAUUUCGAGAAAUACAAUACGGGCGUUAUGUUUCUGCCCUGGGGCUAUGACUUUACCAUGUGGGGCGUAUGCUUGAUGCUGUUUGUAGCUACAAUCUUGGGACCUGGCAUAUAUCGUUAUAGCUUUCAUGGCAUAACUGUCGCCAAUGUAUUCGAAGUGGGACUCGUUGCAUCCGGUGUGCUGACAAGUCAUCCCUUUAUCAUUAGAAACAUCUAUCUCUCGUAUAAGAAUAAGACUGGCAAGAUGCGUUCAAUCUGGGAGAUGCUGCGUCCUUUGUUUGCGCCACUUUGGCUAUUUGCCAUCACGAUCGUUUGGUCAUACUGCUCACGCAAUAGUGUCAUCAAUCUGGAGCCGCGCGUGCUCUGGAUACUCUACGGCACCAUAUUCUCCAAUAUAGCCUGCCGCCUGAUUGUUGCCCAAAUGUCGGAUACACGCUGCGAUGCCUUCAAUAUACUCAUGUGGCCCUUGGCGGCGACAGUGGGUGUCUGUUGCUUUCCCUGGUACCAAGAGUUCUUUGAUACUGAUCUGACUGCAGAUGGUGAGCGUUGGAUUCUAUAUGGUCUUACAAUAUUCGUCACUUUGGCGCAUUGGCAUUAUGGCUAUGGUGUGGUGUCGGAGAUGUGCGAGCAUUUCAAUAUCAACUGCUUUAAAGUAAGAAAAUCUUGCUGCAUUGCUGAUGAACAGAUUCAACAUUCAUUGCAGAACAAUAACAAGCCCAAAACGUUGAAAAGCCAUUGAAACUAAUUGCAUACUAACUUUACGAAAUCCAAAUCCAAAUACAAAUACUAAGGGUCGCGCCAUCAUUUAACAAAAUGAUUACACACGAUUCCGACUCCUCGCUCUGGCUCUAGAUUUAAGUGUACUCCAUACUCCAUACAAUUAAGAUAUCAUGGUAAAGUUCACCUCAAAUACACACACAAUACUAUUCUAACUUAAUCUAGGCUCUAAGUAAAUAAAUACUAAACACUUUUCUCAUUUUUGCAUGCCAAGGCAGCUCUAAAAUUUGCAUGUAUAAGAAAUCUAAUCGCAUGUAAACCUAUGCUAAGUAUUAAGUGCCUUGAUUUUUGACUGGUCAGCCCUACAGAGCGCUAUUUAAUAAAAA